UUUGCCUGGAUAGUCAAUCUCAUUUAACCGGAAGAGUAAGAAUCAGGUACCAAGAUGAUGUUACCGAGGAAUAAGAAUUGCUUCUUCCUCAGGCUGCUUCACUGGACGAGGCUGGGAGUACGUAAGCUGGAGGGAAGUGAGGCGGAGUGAUCAGGCAACACGAGUGUAUCUACUCUUUACUCGCAAUCUACCGUGACUUCAACCUUUCUACUGCUCCAGUACUGUUGGAGACAACUCGACCACGAUGAGCUUUGCAACUCCGUUAGACAAAGCAGAGAUACUUCUCGGAGCCGACGAGUUCGUGACUAAAUACAAUCUGCACGAUUCCCGAGACUUGAUCAGAAAGGGCGCUCUUUUAUCCUACGAUCCCCACGACUACGCUCGUGUCGAUGGACUGACCGACGACGAGAUAACCGCAUUGCAAGAUGACAAAGUGGAGUUGUCGUGGUCGAAUAUUUCGUUGUUUUGCGCUCUGGCAGGUCUCCUCUAUGUUGUUCUGAUUGCCUCCCUCCCGCUGUAUAAGUAUUCUGCGUUCUGGCAACCUUCUUCCGCUCAUUAUCCUGGUGUCCUCGCUUCGUACCGCAUCAAGUCUCGCCAUAAUGAGAGCAUGCCUUGCUAUCCUCCGGAUCAGUAACCAAUAUUCGCGACGGCUAGAAUUGACAUUCCUCAAUAUCGACCGCUUAUUUGUCGGAGUGGCAUUAGCGACACUAUCCUUUAACAUGCCUCUACAUCUCGCGG